CCCGGUGUCUCUGACACAGUCUCCGCUCUGUCCCGAUGGCGGUCCGGACCAUCCUCUCGGUGUGUCUCGGCCUCUGGUUGCUGGCAGUCGGCCUGCACCCGGGGGCCGCGGCCCUGAGCCCCGGCCUGAGCUGGAAGAACCUGUCGUGCUCUGCCUGCUGGGGCCUCUUCACCGGCCUGGACCUGGCGCUGAAGUUUAACAGUAACAUGGAUGAGGUAGCUGUUGUUGCCUCGAAGCUGUGUGUCCGGUUAAAGCUGGCCCCUCCGGAUAUCUGUGUCCAGGCCGUUGCCUUGUUCAAACACGAUGUGAUAAUUGCCUGGACUGAAUCUAUCCUGAAGCCAUCAGAGAUCUGUGGCUUGUUCCUGGGUGUUGAUUGUGGUCAUUGGGACAUUUACUCUGACUGGAAUGUCACACUCCCUGACACACCAAAGCCUCCCGUCAUCCCCCCCAAGCCACCCCUCCCUGGUUCUCCUGUCACAAGGGUACUAUUUCUCACAGACAUUCACUGGGACAAAGAUUACAUCCCAGGGAGUAACCCUGACUGCCGGGACCCCUUGUGCUGCAGGAAGGGCUCAGGUUUACCCCCCAGCCAUCGGAAAGGAGCUGGGAAGUGGGGUGAAUACAGCAAGUGUGACCUUCCCCUCCACACCAUCGAGAACCUUCUACAGCAUCUUCAACCUGGACACUUUGAUCUGGUCUACUGGACUGGGGAUAUUCCAGCUCAUGAUGUCUGGCACCAGACCCGGAAAGACCAACUCACGGCUCUCAACACCAUCACUGGACUCAUCCAGAAAUACCUGGGCCAUGUUGCUGUCUACCCAGCCGUUGGUAAUCAUGAGAGCACUCCAGUCAACAGCUUCCCUCCUCCCUUCAUCCACGGUAACGAGUCCUCUGCCUGGCUCUACGGUGCAAUGGUGCAGGCCUGGAAAGGCUGGCUGCCUGAGGAAGCUCAGGAAACUCUCCGGAGAGCGGGGUUUUACACAGUGAAACUCAAUCCUGGACUGCGACUUGUUUCACUCAACAUGAACUUCUGUUCCCAUGAGAACUUCUGGCUGUUGGUGAACUCGACCGAUCCAGCUGGUCAGCUGCAGUGGCUGGUCAGCAUCCUGCAGGAAGCAGAAGACAGCGGUGACAAGGUUCACAUCAUUGGUCACAUCCCACCAGGUCUCUGUAUGAAGGUUUGGAGCUGGAACUAUUACCGAAUUGUUAAUAGGUAUGAGGGGACAAUUGCUGCCCAGUUUUUUGGCCAUACCCAUGUGGAUGAGUUUGAGCUGUUUUACGAUGAGGAGACUCUGAGCCGUGCAAUAUCUGUGGCUUUCAUUUCCCCAAGUGUCACAACGUACAUCAACCUCAAUCCAGGGUUUCGGGUUUACCAGAUUGAUGGGAAUUAUCCAGCGAGUUCACAUUCAGUUCUUGACCAUGAGACCUACAUCCUGAACUUGACUGAGGCCAAUGAGGGAGACAAUCCCAGGUGGGUUUUCCUGUACAGGCUCCGGGAGGCCUAUGGGAUGAAGUCUGCGUUUCCUGUCGAUAUGGACAACCUGAUCAACCGCUUCCUGCUCGAUGACCGUCUCUUCCAGAGGUACUGGUUCCUGUACCACAAAGGCCACACUGCCCAACCGUGUCAGCAAGCCUGCAAAACUGCCACCAUCUGUGCCCUUCGUACAGGCAGAGCAGAUGACCCUGCACUCUGCAAGGACCUUCACAACAAGGUGACAUACAGGGAAACACAGAGCUUCUGGAGGCAGCGGAGAAUGUGCUAAAAUCACCUCAGGCCAAAAUCUGAAAUGAUCUCCUCAUAGAAUUUAUCAUUGCUUUAAUUUCAGGGACAUCCAAUGAAUCUUGACUGCUGGACACAACUGACUGGACAUUGACCGACUGGACAGGGCUGGCUGGACAUUGCUGGCAUCAGAUUGGACUGGGCUGGCUGGAUUCUGAGCAGAGUUGUCUAUGCCAUGUGCUGAAUGUGGAGCAGUCAGUUAGUGUUUGUGUUCGUGUACAGUGUGUUAGUAACUGGCUGGCCAGUGAUGUUGCCAAGAUGAGUGUUGAACCACAUAUAAUCCCUGGUUAACACUGGUGCAAUAAUGAUUGUAGAUGGCCCCUGAUAUCCACUCCCCACAGUCUCUCCCUCAGCAAACAUUGAGGCCCUCAGACUGCUCUCGUCACUUUCCUGCACACUACCCUGUUAACUCUCUGAGGUGGUAGUGAGUGUUACAGACGCUGGAGAGUCAGAGUCAAUAAAGUCUGAUGCUGGAAAAAGCACAGCAGGUUGGUCAGUAUCUGAGGAGGAGGAGAGUCGAUGUUUCAGGCAGGAUCCUCCAUCAGGCUAAAGCCCGAAAGAUCAAGUGUCCUGAUCCUCAGGUGCUGCCUGACUUUCCUCCCUGAGGUGACCACCUUUAAUUGUGCUUCUUGACAGUAGCAUUCUGAAGGAAGCUUUUUAUUCCGACCUGAUCAUUCAGUUUGGUCAUGGUUGAUCUGAAUUUUAAUUCCAGUUGACCCCUAGAAUCAUAACCUUUUAAUGAAAAUAAUUCACAUUCUUGUCUCUGUGAUGAGAUCCACCCUGUUCCUUUAAACAGAUGGAUCAGAAGCCUGUGAAAUCCUACAGUGGUAUGCUUUGAGGUGCUCUGAGCAUCAAUCAGGGAGAAUUUUUGGGGCAGUGUGGCAGAGCUUUACUCCAUAGCUAACCCUGUGCUUUACCUGUCGUGGGAAUAAUGAAGGUUAUUUUUGUUGUCCCUGCACUAUGCGCUUCACUUUAAUGAGCUAUAAAAUUUGCACCAUUGCAGGUUUUGCACAUUGUGUAUCUGGGAGGAUGUGAAAUGUGAUGGUAUGUGUUACUGUGCUGUUGUGGAUGAGAGGAGUAUCAGAGCUACAUGUUUGUAAUGAUUCUUCUUCAUGGCUCCAUAUCAUGUAAUAAACAGAUUUGUGUCUCAAUUCCUGACUUGUUUCUGGUAUUGAUGGGCUGUCCAAGUCAACUGCUUCUGUCUGAAGCAAAAUCGUAUUGGAGUCCGAGCUGUGGGGGGAUUUGAACCCAGGUCCUGAGAAUAUUACCUUGGUCUCUGGAUUAACAGUCUAGUGAUAAUACCGCUAGGCCUUCGCUUACCCUUAAUUUGAAGCAUUAACCCUGUUUCUCUCUCCACAGAAGCUGCCAGACCUGCUGAGUUUCUCCGUCACUUUGUUUUUAUUUCAGAUUUCCAGCAUCCUCGAUGUUUUACCUUUUCAUGUUUGAUUCACUGUCACUUGUCUUUUUGAAAUGCUGAUCUUGAAGCUCUGCUGUUCUCUCUGGGAUUUUCCUUUCUCUCUUUGAUGUUGUUCAGCUUCAUUGCCUUCUGUUACCCUCCAGGUUUUUAUAAGGUAUUCAGGUGUUAAGGAAUGCAAACUCUAAAAACUUGCAGGUACUGACGCCUCUCUGGAUCCUUCCCUUCCGUCCAAUCCCAUCCUUUCACCUCUUGCUAUGUACAUAGUACAACCUCUGACCUUCCACACUCUGUAUGAACACAUUAUGCUUAGUUAAGGAUUCUUGGAUUUCAAAUAAAGGCAGAUGUUGUUAA